AUGCGAUGCCCAUCUGGUGCGCACGCGGUGCAUGUCUGGCUCGCUCGCGGUGCGUGUCUGGCCUACUCGUGGUGCGCAUCUGGCUCACCCGUGUGCGUGGGCGAUGCGCGUCUGGUUCGCCCGUGGUGCGUGCGCGGUGCGCGUCUAACUCGCCCACAGUGCGCGCGCGGUACGCGUCUGACUCGCCCUUGGUGCACGCGCGGUGGGCGUCUGGCUUGCCCGCGGCCUCCUCACAUGGCUCCUGGACUCUGGAUUAUAGUUGACAUGAACGACUUCAAGUCAGAAAGAACUUGUGAACAAGUCUGGGAAAAAGAAUCCAGAACAGGUUACCAGAACUCUAAUCUAGCAGAUCAAUGCACCCACAGGUACAAGAUCUAUGUAGAAGGAUGGGGAUGGUCUGUGAGUGAAAAAUACGUCCUAGCAUGCGACUCCAUGACACUUCUGACAAAACCUUAUCACCAUGAUUUCUUCACUAGAAGCAUGGUGCCAUUGCAGCACUACUGGCCCAUUAGGCCUAGAAACAAGUGUAGAGAUCUUAAAUUUGCUGUUGAAUGGGGUAACACUCACCCUGAAAAGGCCCAGGAAAUUGGUAAGGCAGGAAGCAACUUCAUUCACGAGGAUCUAAAAAUGGAUUUUGUGUAUGACUACAUGUUUCAUCUGUUGAAUGAGUACUCAAAGCUCUUGAAGUUCAAGCCAGCAGUACCACCAGGAGCGGUCGAGCUCUGCUUGGAAACAAUGGAUUGCAGUGCAGACGCGGUGUUGCAGAAGUUUGUAAUGGAAUCCACGGUGAAUUCUCCUACUGAUUCAGCCCCAUGUUCCAUGCCUCCACACUAUAGUCCUGAGUCCUUCAGGGCUUUCUUGAACAAAAAGGAGAAUUUAACAAGGCAAGUGGAGAUGUGGGGGCAUGCGUAUUGGGAGAAUCAAAAUAAGCAGCUAUAAAGCCUUCUCUUCUUUGUAUGCUGAUUGAAUAUGAAUUUUUCAU